GACAAUUUAUGUGGCAACGGUUUCUUCCGUGAAAGCGUUCUUUUUCUCACUUCUUUCUCUCACGCUCCAAGACACCCAAGAAAAAAAAAAAUCAAAGACUUUCUUGCUUCAUGACUUCAUCUAAUGUUCCUGGAUAAAUAUAGGAACGAAUCCUUCGCGGGUGUUGAGGAAAUUGUUUUGAAUUGGAUAGAAAGGGAGAGUCUUGACAGUUGGAACUGAGAAGCGGUGGAGUGGAUGGCUCAGUUCACGGCUCAAGGAACCAUGAAGCUGCUCUUCAACGGCGAAGGUCGCUCGCUUAGGCAAGGAUCGAAGGACCCAUUUCGCUUUGGGCUCGGAUCAGUCCAUGUCCGCAAGCGCAGGCUCGGGUUUUUCGAUUCCUCGGCCGAGCACGGUUCUUGGCGGCGAAACGGAAGAGCGCACGCGAAAAGUGCUAAUAAGCACAGUGAGGAAGGCGUGCAUGGAGAGGACGACGGGUACGACGGCGAGUUCGGACUCGAUGAUGAGUUGGCGUGCUUCAGGGGUCUGGUAUUGGAUCUUUCUUACAGGCCAGUCAAUGUCGUUUGCUGGAGGCGUGCGAUUUGCUUGGAGUUCAUGGAGAAGGCUGAUGUACUAGAAUAUUAUGAUCAGACAGUGAACUCUCCUAGUGGAUCAUUCUACAUACCAGCAGUUCUAAGGGUGCCACAUUUACUGCAGGUUGUUAAGAGGAGAAGAGUGAAUAGCAACCUUAGUCGUAAGAACAUACUGUACAGAGACAGCUACAUUUGCCAGUACUGCUCCUGUGGUGAGAAUUUAACUAUUGACCACGUUCUUCCAAUUUCACGAGGUGGAAAAUGGACAUGGGAAAACUUGGUAGCUGCCUGUGCCAAAUGCAAUUCCAAGAAAGGUCAAAAAACAAUAGAAGAAGCAAAUAUGAAGCUGCUCAAGACCCCCAAGGCUCCAAAAGACUUUGACAUACUCACCAUACCUUUGACGAGCGCGGCGGCGAAGAUGUUGAGACUAAGGAAAGGCACUCCAGAGGAGUGGCGCCAGUAUCUUGGUAGAUCCUCUUCCGAGCCCUGACGCAAUUUGCUGUGGCAUUUGUACAUUCUUAUGCUUCGUACAUACUAACAAUAAGCGUAUAUGCAUUCCGUUCCUUCGCAUAAAUGUGGAACGCCACAUAUGUAUGUCUUACUUUUAGGCAAAUGAUGCAUUACGCAAGACAAUCGGAAGAAGAAAAGGAAAGAACAAAAAAAUCUGAUAUUACUAGACAAUGGCAAUGUAUAUAUAUUGGUGGUCUUCUGUGCAUUGACCUUCGACU